UACACAGGUCAUUGAUAGGGACCUUAGGCUGCAUGUUCAGACCAUUCAAUUCGAGUAAAGGAUUUGCCCAGAAGACUGCCCAUCCACAUAGUGAACACUCUCCAUUCGACGUACACUAUAUCGUUGUUCGUAUGGUUGUCAAUCAAACUUAAACUAUUCCUUUUCCCCUCCAAACUAGAUAAUCAACACCAUCAUCAUGACGCCGGAAAGCUAACCAUCCUCGCCGGAGUUAAAUCAUCCCGUUACCAUGGCAACCAGUCCUAAGUCUUCUCUCGUGUUCUCCAUCAUUCUCCUCCUGUGCUUAUGCUACGGAUUAUCAGCCUCUGCUUCGAGGACAAAGGAGGUAUUAGAGGUUUUGAAUAAUGUGACGAGGGAAUCAACAUCAACAGAAAUGGAAGAAAUCGAGCCAGAUUAUGUGCCAACGUCCCAGUACAUCGAGACAACGCCGCCCACUUCUUCACCGUCAGAGAAGUCGGCAAAAUUGGCGGGAAGGAGAGGGGGAAGAAAUUGGCCGCCUGUUCCAUCGUCUGCUCAUGGCACCGCGCCCUGUCCACCGGGAAGGGAGUGCAGAGAGAAGAAUCAUCUAACCAGCGAAGAGAGACCUUAUCCCCUGGCCGGACCUCUCCCGACCGAAACCGAUGGUCGUAAUCUCAUCAGGUCGAAUCAUGACGAUUUGGAGGAAGCAGACAGACUAUCGAUGCCCUAUGGCGGACCCUGUGGAAGCCAACCGUGUCGAAAUGGAGGAACCUGUCUGAAUCUACCUCGGCUCGCUGGUUACAGUUGUUUGUGCACGGACGAUUGGACAGGGCGUACCUGUUCUGACAGAGUCAGCAACUGUGAAAGCAACCCUUGCAGACAUGGUGGUUCCUGUGUGUCUACCAAUUACGGAUACAGGUGUCUCUGCAGAUCUGGCUACAGUGGGAUCAACUGCGAGAGGGGUCAUCGAUGGUGUGACAGUGAACCUUGCCUGAACAGCGCCAUGUGCAUCGACGGUUUGAAUGGCUACACCUGUAUAUGUCCGAUCGGGUUUCGAGGGACGCGAUGCCAGAUCAACGUUGACGAAUGCGCAAUGUAUCCGCCGAAGUGUAACAACGGCGGGACUUGCGUCGACCUUGUGGCGGAUUACGCCUGCAUUUGCGCAGACGGGUUCUUCGGAAAAUCUUGUGAGCACGACGUUGAUGACUGCAGAAGCAAUCCAUGUGGGAUCGGCGGACUGUGCCUUGAUAGACCUAGGGGAUAUGAAUGUGUCUGUCCUCAGGGUUACACCGGAGCUAACUGCGAUAGGUUGGAUGUUUAUCCUUGCAAUAGUUCUCCGUGUUAUAACAAAGGAAAGUGCAUAGAUCAUGGUCAUAACAAUUUUACUUGUAAGUGCAAAGGUGGCUACGAAGGGACAUUCUGUGAGACAGAAAUCAAUGAAUGCCUUAAAGGUUCCAAGAAACAGAAGUGCAAGAAUGGUGGUACAUGUAUAGAUCUGAUAGAUGACUUCGAAUGUGUUUGUUUGCCAGGGUAUUCGGGGAAACGUUGUCACAAGAAACUGAAACCUUGCCAAUCUGCUCCAUGUCAGUUUGGAACUUGCCAAGAGGACACCAACGGGGAGAGUUACGUUUGUGAUUGCUUUCCUGGUUUUUCAGGUAGGAAUUGUGAGCUUCGUGUCGAUCACUGCGACAGCCAACCUUGCAUGAAUAAUGCAAGAUGCUUGAGCACAAUGGAAGGCUUCUUCUGUUCAUGCCCCCUUGGAUUCACCGGAAGGCACUGUGAGAACACCAUGAACUUCUGCACACCUGACCCCUGUCAUAAUGGCGCCAUAUGCUUAAACACUGGUCUGGAUUUUGUUUGCCACUGUCCCAAGGGCUUCACUGGGAAAACUUGCAACCUGGAAGUGCGUGAGUGCCUCUCAGGGCCCUGUAAGAAUGGUGGAGAAUGCGUUGACCUGAUAGGGGCAUACACCUGUAAUUGCCCUGUAGGUUAUACGGGCAUGCAGUGCGAGAUAACGGUAGACGAAUGUGAAACGAAUCCUUGCUUGAACGACGGUGUGUGCAUCGACGGGAUUGGAACAUUCUAUUGUGCCUGUACCUCAGGGUAUCAUGGAAUCAUCUGCGAGCAUAACAUCGAUGAGUGCUGGGCAGGACCUUGUCAAAAUAAUGGCAUCUGUACUGACCUCAUCGACGACUUCCGGUGUGCCUGUGCUCCGGGAUACAUGGGUAAGACAUGUCACUUGAACAUCAAUGAAUGUGUAUCUGAACCUUGCCAACACGGAGGUUUAUGCAUUGAUAACAUUUCCAACUAUAUCUGCGAAUGUCUUCCGGGUUACGUCGGCGUCAAUUGCGAAGUGAACGUCAACGAAUGUGAGAGCAGGCCUUGCUUGAACGGUGCUACCUGCGUUGACAACGUCAACACCUAUCAGUGCUUCUGCCGUGAUGGUUUCACAGGAUACAACUGCGAGAAUGAAAUCAACGAUUGCAUCGACGUACAUUGCCAAAAUGGCGGGAAAUGCAUUGACGGUGUCAAUUCUUACCGGUGCGAGUGCAUGCCGGGAUUUGUUGGAGCGACCUGUGGAAGUGAGACGGAUGAAUGUGCCGGAAAUCCCUGUCUGCAUGAUGGGUUUUGCAUGGAUAUGGUCAACGGUUACCGAUGCCUUUGUGAGGCAGGUUACACUGGGACGAAUUGUGAGGUCAACAUCGAUGACUGCAAUCCGAACCCGUGCGGAAACAACGGAACCUGUCUGGAUGGGAUCAGUGAUUAUAACUGCACCUGUAAACCAGGUUUCACUGGAGAAAGAUGCGAGUUUGACAUCGAUGAAUGUGCCAGCAUUCCUUGUCUUCACGGAGGAAAAUGUCAUGAUCUGAUUGACGGCUUCUUGUGCCAGUGUCCGACCGGUACAGAGGGUGCUGUUUGCGAACAACUAGUAAAUUCUUGUCUCUCCGAUCCUUGUCAACACGACGGCGCAUGUAGCAGUUUGGGGAAUGGCCCCGAUUUCAUGUGUGCUUGUCCGAUAGGCUACGAAGGUCCCCGAUGUGAGACAGAAAUUAACGAGUGUCUCAGCACACCUUGUCUUCACGGGGGAAGAUGUGUAGAUGCCAUAGGAAUGUACCAUUGUGUUUGCCCACCGGGACACGUUGGAGCGAACUGUGAAACAAACACAGAUGAAUGUGCUCAAAAUCCUUGCAGUCACCCUUCAGCAGUUUGUCAAGAUUUGGUUAACGAUUUCUUCUGCAUAUGCCCACGGGGAUUUCAAGGGCGGCUUUGCGAGUACGACAUUGAUGAGUGCCUUUCAAGCCCCUGUGCAAACAAUGGAACUUGCCUCGACGAAAUAGAUUAUUUCCGUUGUACUUGUCCUUCCGGCUUCACCGGUGAUAUUUGCGAUGUCGAUAUCAACGAAUGUCUCAGUGCACCCUGUCAAAACGGUGCCUCAUGCGCAGAUUUCAUUGAUGGUUUCUUUUGCGAAUGCAGAAACGGGUUCUCGGGAUACCUUUGUGAGGAAAAUGUGGACGAAUGCAGCAGCUCACCAUGCUUGAAUGGUGGAACGUGUAUAGAUGAUGUGAACUUGUUCAUAUGCAUCUGUGAUAUCGGGCAUGCAGGCGUCUUGUGCCAGGAAGACAUUGAUGAAUGUGUAUCAGAUCCUUGUCGCAAUGGUGCAACUUGCAUUGAUCUUGUGGGGGGAUUCCUAUGCGAAUGUGCUGCAGGGUUUCAAGGAGACCAAUGCAAUGUCAAUACGAACGAGUGCGCAAGCUCACCUUGUGGCGAGGGAGGAACUUGCCUUGAUUUGUUGAACACGUAUAUGUGCUUGUGUCCAGAGAUGCGUAUGGGGGAAAACUGCGAUCAGUGGAUUGACGCCUGCUCAUCAAACCCCUGCAGCCAUGGUUCUACUUGCCUAUCGUACGAGGGAACCUUCUUCUGUGACUGUCCCCGGGGAUUCACUGGAAGAACUUGUUAUCAGAACAUCGACGAAUGCGCAUCGAACCCUUGCUACUAUGGGGACUGUAUCGAUGGCGUGGACUCAUUCAAGUGUCAUUGUGGAAUGGGUUUCACUGGAUCUUAUUGUGAACUCAAUGUAAAUGACUGUGCGAACAGCCCUUGCCUCAAUGGAGGGACGUGCGUUGAUCAGGUCAUGGGGUAUGUCUGCGUAUGUCCACUUGGGUAUACAGGACCCGGAUGCAGGGACACCAAGCACCCUUGUGUCUCGGAUCCGUGUCAGCAUGGGGGUACCUGCAUCGCAUCGGAUCUGAUCGUGGAUCACAACUUCUACUGCCACUGUCCGAUCGGUUGGACAGGAAAGCUUUGCGAACAGGAGGCGGACUUCUGCUCCUCUGAACCGUGUCUGAACUGUGGGCGAUGUAUCAACCACGUCGAUGGGUUCAGUUGUGACUGCGGCAGUGGGUUUACUGGAGAGUACUGCGAGACCGCUAUCGAUCAUUGUGAGAGCGAACCCUGCUUGCAUGGUGGGACGUGCCUCCGAGAAUUCAAUGGCUUUACCUGCGUGUGCAAACAAGGAUUCCAUGGAAAGUCAUGUCAGCAUACUACUCAGCCUCUGAGCUAGCGAUAGAACAACAUUCAUCUCGCUCAACUUCCUUAUACCAAAGAUCAAAUAGGAUUCGAGCCAGUCGUUUUGUGAGUUCGCCGACUUGCGAGCAGCGCCUGAUCGUGUAGACAGACGCCUGACUGCUGAUAGCGGGAGCAAAACUUAUGCUUGGCGACUAAUCCAUAAGACUGUGUGCUGAUAUGUGCGCAUGACAUAAUAGGCGUGAAGUCAGGUGAUCAUCAAUCUGGUCACGUGAUAUCUUGAAGCUCAAUUAGACGGUUCUGUUUGGUUCGAGUUUCCAAACUUAACUGUUAUCUCAAGAUCUUUACUUAUGAUUAUGAAGGUUAUUCAAAGAGGGUAACAUCGGAGAUCUUCCACUGGUAAAAAAAAAUAUGCUGACGUCUUACAUCAUGGUUGGCAGUGGAUAUAAAAUUGGGUUAAAGUUGUUUAGGAAUCGUUUGAUGGACCAAGCAUUAUUCAUUCUCACUUAAUCCUUAUAUCUUACGUUUCCCAUGUGUUUAUACAUACCUGUAUAUCAAAACAAUCUCUCCUACGUUAGGUCAGUCUUCUUCUUUUUUCUAAAAGAAAUAUGCUAAUUUUAAUUCCAAAACGUCCUGAUUCCUUCUUGUAUAGGCCUGUCAUUAGUGGACUACCUUGUCACAAGUCAUGAUCGUUAAAGUUUAUUUUUCGCGGCAUUGAAUAGCGCCAUCUAUCGACUGAUUAUUAAUAAAUCAGAAUAUGCUUCUCCUCUGACUCCAUCGACGAUCAUUAUAUUCAUACGGCUUCCAAAUGAGUCAAAACUCAUAGUACUACACUACGCGUAGCGUUGGAAAGUUUGAAAAGAUGGUCAUUAUUUUGCACAGAUGAUCAAUUAUCGUCAAAUUAUCAGAUGAAAUAAAUGUUUAUAUUGGAAGCGUUUCGGCCUGCAUGGUGCAUUAAUUUGCUAUCUUUAUCGCAGUUAGGCCUACAACGAGAUUUUAUGACAAUGAACUAUAAAUACCAGCAACGUCGUCAAGUGCCUAAAUUUCCUAGCUCAAAUUAACCCCAUUUUGAUCAAGGGAAUCAUUUAUAUUUAAUUUCUGUUGGAUAUUUGAACUCUUAUCGACCUGCUUGACUGAUAGGUUUUGUAUUUAUGUAAUAUUUAUUAUAUUGUACAUAUUGUUUUUAAUACAAUGGCAUUGAGCGAACAUGUAUUCAAAAUUUGUAUUUUUCAGUGAUAGAAAAUGUCUUUCAUGCUUUAACCGAAGUGGCUUGUUUUAAACAACGUUAAAGCAUUAAAAAUGCUCAAAGUACGAUGCUGCAUAAUCAUCAAAUAUAUUAAGUUCGAAACAUGUGGGAUAGUAUUCCCAAAGCUUUGCUUAUGAAGCCCCGGAUUGGCUUGAUCGUGAAAGUGUCAGAAAACCAUUUUUAAACGACUUUAAAAAUGAAAGGAGUAUACCAUAAGUUCUACUGAAUUACUUGUUACAUAACAUUUGUCAAUGGUAUUGACUUUGGUACAUUUCCCUGGGUUAAUGUAUGAGAAUACAAGUCAAAUGUACUAUGUUUAGGAUACACAAUAAUUAUUACAGUGAAACAUUACCUAAUAAGUGAUGCUACUAAGUUCAAUAUCAGGGUAGCUAAUUGAAUGACGUUUUUACAAAGGUUGUACCAGUAAUUGCCUCGAUAGUCAUCCUUUGCCGUAAGGACUCUCGAGCACGUCGAAGAUCUGCAUUAGGUUCUGUGGAUAAGGAAUUGAAAAGUUAGCUGAUGACGUCACUUUUAUAAUUGACUAAAGUUAGUCGCCCUGCGUGAAUGGCGAUGGUUGCUUACUAUAUGCAUUUAAUACGGAGCCACUAUAUUCACUCUUCAAAAAUACUGGCCAUAUUAUAGUACUUGAGACUGGCUAUGGCCGCUGAUCUUCAAUGGUUAUCAUGGUUAUGACGUAUCCAAAUAUGAAAACACCGUCCACUUCGCCUUUCCUUACACUUAGCGUAGAGGGGGCUAUUCAUCAAAUAAUCGGGGAACACAAAGUGCCUUCAGUCAUUCUUGUUUCGAACGCUAUUUUUCCACUCUAAAAUCUAUGCAUGCUAAGGGCAAGGUGGAGUUUUGAUACAGAUCCAUAACUCAAGAUAGUAUCUCUGGUUUUUUUUCUUUUCUACUUAUAAUUAAAGGAAUUCAUUCUUAAUUUGCUUGAUAUGGUAUUCCUUAAAUUCCAAAUUCGAAUCUAAAAAAAUAACAUUGAAAUUAAAUCAAAAUGUACACUCUUAACAUAGUUGGGCAAAAUGCCUAACUUUCAACCAACCCUGAGCAACAAACUGUCUGCACAAUUAUUGAUUAAAAUCUUCCCAAAUUGGGCAAUAAAACCUAAAUAAUUGGAAAUAAAUUUGCUCAAUUGGAUAAUGACUACUCAGAAUAUAUAUUUUUUAACAAACAUACAUUACCCAACAUAGUGGACAGUAUUUUGCCCAACAUUUUAAGGUGUGUAAUAAUCAGUAGAGGAUAUAAAGUUAAAGGCUGAAUACAGCCUUCUUGGAAAUGAAACAAUUCAAUCAAAAUUUGAUUGUCAAACGAAUUGAGAAUUUCAGAGAAAGUUAUGUUAAGCUGAAUAGUUUUCCAUUUUAGCUGAAUUCAAAUUUAACGUGAAGUCUGAGAUUGGUUAUCUUGUGACUCAAUAAUGUUUAUGUGUUUGUCUUUUAAAAUAGAGUAAAUUUGUUAAUGUAUAUGUUUUGAUUCAGUAUGAUGUUUUUGUGUGAUAUUGUUGAUUGUUUUGUGUCUCUGUACAUUUUGUAAAGAAAACAUCCUUUUUACUGUACCAAAAAUAAAACUGAUUUGACUACGGAAGAACAUUUCGAAUAACCGA